AUCGAUAAUCGAGAAGGGGAAGUUAUAUUCAACAUUUUCACUUUCUGCAAUUGAUUCGUGAGAUUAGAAUCGAUACUAGUCGCUGUUCAAGAUUCGAGGUCAAUUGUAGGACAGAAUAUCACUCAUUCUGAUUCGAACAUUGCGAGAGGUUGUUGAUCGUCACAUUAGACUUUUGGUUUCCAAAUAUAGUACUAAUACCGGUAACAAAAUGCCGAUUCAAAGCAUCAAAGCACGUCAAAUCUAUGACUCUCGUGGUAAUCCAACUGUAGAGGUUGAUCUUGUAACUGAAAAUGGACUAUUUAGAGCUGCAGUACCAUCAGGUGCUUCAACUGGUGUUCAUGAAGCUUUGGAACUUCGAGAUAAUGACAAAUCCAAAUAUCAUGGAAAAUCUGUCUUUAAAGCUGUAGAUAACAUUAAUAAAAUCAUCACACCUGAAUUACUAAAGGCAAAUUUGGAGGUCACCCAGCAAACUGACAUUGAUAAUUUUCUUUUGAAACUUGACGGCACUCCAAAUAAGUCAAAACUGGGUGCAAAUGCAAUUUUAGGUGUUUCAUUGGCAGUUUGUAAAGCAGGAGCUGCUAAAAAAGGAGUGCCAUUAUAUAAAUAUAUUGCAGAACUCGCUGGAAAUCCCAACAUUAUUUUACCAGUUCCAGCUUUUAAUGUUAUUAAUGGUGGUUCGCAUGCUGGAAAUAAAUUAGCAAUGCAGGAGUUCAUGAUUUUACCUACUGGUGCUGCUAAUUUCACAGAAGCAAUGAAAAUGGGUAGUGAAGUUUACCAUCACUUAAAAGCAGGAAUUAAGAAGAAGUUUGGUCUUGAUGCUACAGCUGUUGGAGAUGAGGGUGGUUUUGCUCCAAAUAUCCUAGAGAACAAAGAAGCUUUGAACUUAAUUUUAGAUGCCAUAAAAGUUGCUGGAUAUGAAGGAAAGAUAAAAAUUGGUAUGGAUGUUGCUGCAUCCGAGUUCCACAAGAAUGGAAAAUAUGAUUUAGAUUUUAAAAAUGAGAAAUCUGAUCCAAACACAUACUUGGAGCCACAAGCUUUGAAGAAUCUGUACUUGGAGUUUGUUAAAGAAUUCCCAAUUGUUUCUAUUGAGGAUCCAUUUGACCAAGAUGAUUGGGCCUCAUGGACCUCUAUCACUAGUUCUACUCCUAUUCAAAUAGUGGGUGAUGAUCUCACUGUUACAAAUCCCGAAAGAAUUCAAACAGCUAUUGAAAAGAAAGCUUGUAACUGUCUGUUGUUGAAAGUCAAUCAAAUAGGUACCGUCACAGAAUCUAUUAAUGCUCACAAACUUGCAAAGAGUGCUGGUUGGGGUACAAUGGUAUCUCAUCGUUCCGGAGAGACAGAAGAUACAUUUAUAGCCGAUCUGGUCGUUGGACUGUCGACCGGUCAGAUUAAAACUGGCGCACCUUGCCGUUCUGAACGUUUGGCCAAAUAUAAUCAGAUUCUUCGCAUCGAAGAAGAGUUAGGAGCAGCUGCUAAAUUUGCAGGAGAAAAAUUCCGUAAUCCUCAGGCUUAAGAGGUUUCCCUUGUUCUUUUUAUUAACACAAGGCUCUAGUUGUUGUACAACUAGUUUAGUUAAAUACGUGUACAUGUAGAUGUUAUACGUAUAAAUAUCAUACAUAAUAAUAAAAACAGUGAAAAGGUUUAAUUAUAAAUUAUUGUUAACUAUAAAAUUAAUAGUUAUUUAAAUAAAAUUAUGGAAAAGUUAAUAUAAGUUAUGUUGUCGAGAAUACAAAAGAAAAAUGAAUAAAACUAUUACUUGCUGUAUAUUGAUAGAAAGCACAAAAUUACAUUUAUUCCCUGCUAAA